GAGUGCGCUCCCAAGCCGACAGUUGUUGCGCGAGCAGCAGGUGUCCGCGGUGGGUGAUUUAUACUCCUCGUGAAGGAACUCUGUCAAAAAUCUCACUCAUUCGAGAAUUGACAUCGGGGGGAACGGAAAAGCUGAUGGUUACGGGGCCAGUUUGUGACUGACACCGGUAUUGUGCGUUGACCCAUCGCUCUACACUACGAGUGCGUUUGUGUCUUCUGAUAGGUGUCUUCGGAAUUUUUUCGUUUUGAUUAACUGACUGGUAGACAUUUACGCACCAGUAACGGAACUACUUGUAAUCUAAAGGCCUAAGUAUCUUUGUGUCAUCUGAAUGAAGUCAGAGUACAGAAAGGAUGCAGAGUCCAGUUGAUGGGUUCUAAAAGUGCUACUUACAUUACUGGACCAAACAGCCACACACAUAAUCAACACAUUGCAAUAAAGUGUGGUGAAUUCAUUUUGGUGUGAGGUCUGCAGCCUGCGUGCCUGCUCGGGCUCUAUCUGUAUGGAAGGGAAUGGGGAAACUGCCUGUCUGCAAUGGCUGCACACUGCUGUCAUGGAACAGAAGCAUUGUUGUGGCAUUGCUGCUCAGUCAGCUGUGCUGCUCACAAGUUUGGGCCCAGUGCCGGAUCCUGAGGUGUAACUCGGACUAUGUGGCUGCCACUCAGCACCUGCGGGUCCGGGAGGGUGCUGACGUCCGGUACUGCAGCCCCCUGCGCUCCUACGCGCACUGCACCAAGAAGACAGCGCGAGCCUGCCGGGGGGACCUGGCCUACCACUCCGCCGUGCAGGGCAUCGAGGACCUCCUCAUCCAGCACCGCUGCCCCAAAACCGGCCCCACCGCCCAGCCUCGCCCUCCGCCCCAGGCCCCUCUCUCAGGGGACGCCUGCUGCUACGAGAGGGUCUACCAGCAGCAGCAGGGCCACGCCCCGGAGUACGUCCACUGCGGGGUGUUCGGUGACCCCCACGUGCGCACCUUCCAGGACGAGUUCCACACCUGUGCGGUGCGGGGAGCGUGGCCGCUGAUCGACAAUGAGUACCUGUACGUGCAGGCCACCAGCGCGCCCACGGGAGGGGCUGCGUACGCCACGGCCCUCACCAAGAUCACCAUCAUCUUUAAGAACUGGCGUGAGUGCAUUGAGCAGCAGAUCUACCAGGCGGAGCUGGACGACGUGCCCCCUGCGUUUGUGGAUGGCUCGGUGAUGGGCGGGGAGCGGCGGGGGCAGCACAGCCUGCAGGUGCGCUCUCAGGCCCCCGGGCAGCAGGUGGAGAUCUGGGCGGCUCACAUCGGGACCAGGCUGGUGGUGCGGCAGAGCGGCCGCUCCCUGGGGCUGUCGGUGCGGGCCCCCAGGCCCAUCGUGGACACCUUCACGCCCGAGCAGGACCUGCAGCUGUGCGUGUGGGGCUGCCCAGCCUCCCAGCGGCUGAGCCGGCCCCUGCCCCAGCCCUCCACAGAAGCCCACGCACACUGCUCCGCCCUCCUCCCCGUCCCAGACGUCUAUUUCCAGGCCUGUGUGUUUGACCUCCUGGCCACUGGGGACACCAACUCCAGCGCUGCCGCCGUGGCGGCCUUGGAGGACGCCCGCGUGAUGCUCUCAGACCCAGACAAGGUGCACUUAGUGCCAGCUGGGACUGCUCAGCACCUGCCCAAUCUGCCUUUGACACUUGCUGUGGCUGUUUUAGCAGGGCGACUGCACAAUCUGCUGGCUUAUCAAUAGCUCCAGAUCACAUGAGCCUCACUCCGUCAGAAUGGACUGAGCCAUGGGCAUCAGUGGACUAUAUUGGAUGCGCUGGGAUCAGGAAACGUGGUCCGUGUCCCUCUGGAACGAUGGGAGCUGGAAGCCACGGUGGCUCCAGUGAGAAAUACAGUGUGCAGCAGCUCAAACUGAGUAAUGUCUCAGAGCACAAACAUAGCAGGACUGAAGAACAGCUGAAAGGUCUGGAAGACCUGUUUAGUUUGCAUUUGUGGAGUUUGAGAAUAGAUGCCACUUAUGUUCUGCAGGAGCAGAAGACAGUUUUGAAUACCCUCCCCCCUUUGAUGUACAAUUAGGAUAUGGAUCAUGUCUAGUCAUUUGCUUUGAUAUUUCUUAACUCCAGGCAGCAGGAUGUCAUAUCUCGUCAUCUCACAGACUAAACUAAACAAGCAGGAGUUGCAGUGGAUGUGCUGUAAAUGCAAAUUUACUUUCACUGAUUUACCUCCAGCGUCUUGCCUGUAUGCUUUUGGAUGCAUUUUAUAUUUUAAAUGUGAACUUGUUAUAUGUGAAUUUUGGAUUCUGUUGUAUGAGGAAAAAUUCUUGCUUUAUAUUUUAGUCUCGGACUGGAACAGAGAUUCACUAUGAAUGUGAGCAUGUAUGAAUGUGUGCGUAUGGCUGUGCGUUUGGGAUCGCAUGUGUAUGUUCACGCUUACAUGUGUAUGGACGUCUGCAUGUGACCUGUGCAUUUGCACAGGCAUGGUCAAUGUGUCCAUGUGCUUGUGUGUGACUGCAUAUGUGCAUGUAUACUUGUCUGUAUUAGUAACUAAUUAGUAACUAUAGCCAAGGUACAUUUUUAUUCUGAUCAAAUGAUCACUUUGACAUGGAUAGGGUGCAAAUAGCAAAAUAUAAGCAAAAAUAAUAUGAUCAAUAUUUUAUUCAUCAAUAAUUUAGUUUACACAGAGCUCUGCAAUCCAGCCCCGUAUAUCAAGGCUGGUUUGACAAAUAAAGGUUACAAAAUCAAACGAGAGUGAAAGAUUGUAUUCAUGUAACUUCCUGUUUAACAUCUUGUGGCUUUUGAACAUAUUCUCUGUUCAAAUGCAAUGUGUCUUGUUAUCCUUUAAUAAACUAUAGCCCAACUACAACUGCAUUACAGCUUGGACCGAAGUAACAAAAUAACAAGAUACCUAAAAGUGAAAAUAAUGAAAUUGUAUUUAUACAGAUGUAACAAAUUGUGAGAGUUAAUAAAGGGGAGGUAUACAUCCCAAACUCAAAAA